AUGGUUGUUCAAUCUUCAGAUCGACCGGAUAGUUACAAACAGGGUACAUGCGCACUGGAGAAAUCUCCUUCAGAGUCACUGCCGAAUUUGGCACCGUACAAAGCCAGUUUCUUCUUCGUCAUUUCCUCGCAUGGUGUGAUUUCAUCUUUCCUUCCGCUCUACUUCAAGCAAAUCGGUCUAAGUCCAGGUCAGAUUGGUACAGUUAUGUUCUUCCGUCCCAUGGGCGGAUUUUUUGGUGGACUUCUAGUCCCACACAUUUCGAAGACGUUUUCUAGUGAGCGAAAGGUGGCGAUGGCCUUCUCCUGUCUCCUUAUUUUAUCCACGUUUGCAAUAUAUUUUCCCGAUUCUCCAGCUCUUGCCUCAGACUGCCCUCUGACGAGAAAAAACACAUCGGCAGAAGAAAUCAGUGUAAAUAGUACCUUGCAAGGUGACGAAAAACUAGUUGACAGGGUGUGGAUGUACGAAAUGAACGCACGCUGGCUUCCAAUCUUUUUGUACGGUUUACUCCUGUUUUGUGCCGAAUUUUUCCAUAUUGGUAUGGAUGCCAUUCAGCACGGAGUGACAAUGAAGGUGCUGAGAAAGGAAAAUUCCAAACUGUAUGGCACUGUUCGUGCGUGGGGAGCUCUCGGGUAUGCAGCUGCGGCUAUAAGCACCGGUCUUCUCAUUUAUUUGACGGUAUCAAAAGAACAGGUUUGCUCCAAAAUGCUCUACUCCGCAGACUACCACUUCCUAUUUUAUUCCUUUACAUGUUUUGCGUUCAUGAAUCUCCUCAAUGUCAACAACCUUUUCCAGGGAACAUUCAAGGAAGAUGACGACAGUUUGUGUAACAAAAUGAUGUCACACUCGGACUUCCGGUCCGCCAUGUGCUCCUUCCACAUCAUAUCCUGGCUGUUAGUGCUGCUCGGCCGCAGUGUGUUUUAUGCCGUUACACAGGGCUUCCUCAACUGGCAUUUAGAAAACAUAGGUGCCUCUCCUGCCUUGAUUGGAAUCGCGAACUGUACAACAACAACAACAGAGUUCUUAAUGUUUUUCGCAACACCUAAGCUGAUCGAGAUGUUUGGGCAAACCAAGCUAGUGGCUGUUGGAAUUCUCUCUUACGCCUGUCGAUUUCUCAUCUUCUCUCUCAUCUCCAACCCUUUCUACAUAUUACCUGUGGAAGUUCUCGAAGGAGCCUCUCCAGGCCUGAUCGGUAUGGCGAACGGUACUACAACGAUCACUGAAUUUUUCAUGUUUUUCGCCACACCCAGACUCAUCGACACUUUCGGACAUACGAAGCUAGUGGCUGUCGGAGUUCUCUCCUAUGCCGGUCGAUUUAUUGUAUUUUCCAUUAUAUCAAACCCUCUCUACAUAUUUCCUGUGGAAAUUCUAGAAGGUGUGAUGUUUGCGUGCAUCUGGAGCUCAAUGGUGUCGUACCUUAGUAACCAGGUACCUGAGGAAGGCCAGACCCAAGUACAGGGGCUCAUUCAAUCUCUCUGUAUGCUAGGCACCAGCAUAGGCUUCCCUCUCAGCGGACUUUUGACCCAACUCUUUGGAACGCCUAGUAUGUUUCAGGUUUUUGCGGUGUUAGCGCUGAUGACAUUCGUAAUUUUUGUUUUGGCUCAGUUACGACCCAUGAAUAUGUUCGCCGAAGCUUAG